UUCUAUUAAAAUAGUUAUGAAAUAAUAUUGAUUAAAUACAAAAAUAGGCAUAGAUGUGGUUGUACAUGUUUAUAAUAGAAUAAAAUGGAUUAUUCUUUUAAUAUCAACUGUUUAAUGAAAUAUUUUCUUUGUUGUACACCAAUCAAUACAAUGAAUUUGCUUAUUUGUGAACAAAAUAUUGAUUAUCUUCUUAAUCUUGAAAGACAGCAAGAAAUUGUGGAAAAUACAGUAAACAGUAAUUUAAUUAAAAAAUAUCCUAUAAAGCCAUCUUAUCAAAAAGCAUUUUUAAAGUGGCUCAUGAAUAAGAUUGAAGAAAAAGGUGGUGUUAUUCAUGACAGCAUUUAUGUUACAUAUUGCAAUUUGAUAUCUUCAUCACCUGAUGAAUCUAGUCACUAUCGUCAUUUUAUAGUAGAUGAUGAAAAAUUAGAUUGCAUUACUGUAUUUGAAAGUACUAAUAUUAUAUCAGAAGGGACUACAGGAUUAUGUAGUUGGCAGGGUGCCAUUGACUUAGCUAACUGGUGCAUUGAAAACAAAAAUGAACUUUCUGGAAAAAUCAUUUUAGAACUUGGUUGUGGAGUUGGAUUUACAGGAUUAUGCACUAUUAAAAAAUGUUUUCCAAAGCAAUAUAUUUUUACAGAUUGUCAUAAAAAAAUCUUUGAAAUGCUUUUAGAAAAUAUUAAGCUUAACUUAUUACCUGGUGAAAAAAUAAUGCAGUCAAAAAUUGAUAGAUUAAAAUUGGAAGCAAAAUAUAAUUGUACAAAUAUUAAAGUAAUGGAAUUAAAAUGGGAAGAUAUUGACAAAUAUAUUAAUGAAGAGUGGGUUAUGCCAGAUAUAAUAAUGGGAGCUGAUAUUUUAUAUGACAUAGACUCAUUUCAUGCAUUACUAGUGGGAUUAAAAAUGUUUUUAUCUCGUAAUAAUACAUAUGCUAUUAUUGCAGCAACAAUUCGUAACAUGGACACUUUUUCACAAUUUCUUCAUCAACUAGAGUUUCAUAAACUUUCUUUUGAAGAAUGCAGCAUAUCAAAGAGAACAGUACACAUGCAAUUCACAAGUUUACCUAUUAAGAUAUUAAAAAUUUGUCAGGAAAGAUGAUAAUAAUUUUCUAUUAAUGUAAUUGUCAUUAGCAAGAAUAAUCACGUGCAAAAAAUGUAAAAUUUCUAUUUUUACAAGCUCUAAGAUAAUAUAUUACAUAUUUA